AUGUCUGCAGACAGUCCACAAGUUUUCAUAGUUGGCAAAAUAGCUGGGGCCACCAAUUUUAAUCAUUCUUCUCUCUAUGUCAAAUAUUUCUUCAGAGCUGGAGAUCACUGGAAGAAGAUAUCAGGAUAGGAAGAAGGGGAAACAUUUUAAUCAUCCUCAUAGAAUUCAAAAUUUAUACCUCUUGAGCAUCCAAUUGAUUUGAAUUAUGUGACCAAAUCAGUGAGAGGAUGGCCAAAAUUACUUGUGGAAGUCUGGGAAGUUGAUGAUCAUGGCAGGAAUUCUCUUGGCGGUUAUGGUCUCACUUCUCUUCCCAUUGAACCUGGAGAAUAUUAAUUUGAUAUUCCCUGUUGGAGACCAGAAGCUAGUUUCUUCGACAAACUCAUUGGUGCUUAUCCUGAAUUGGUUCAUAGAGAUUUAUUAUUUUCUGGGGAAAGCAGAUUUGGUUUUAAAGUUGAAUCAACUGGAAACAUUCAUAUUGAAUUGGCUAUAAUAACUAAAGACUUCCAUCUUCAUGGAGUCCAAAUUUCUAAUAGAAAUUAUUUGAAUUAAUGA